GCGGGAGGCAGGCGGCGAGACAGAGACAACAAUGCGUUGUUGCCCCGCAGCUGCAACGCAGCGUAGAAGGAGGAGGAAUUCCGCAAUGUGCGCAGAGCAUGCCUGCCAUAUGGUUCUCCAGGGUGGUGGUGCUGCUGGUAGUGGUGGCAAGAACUUUAGUUUCCUGCUCAGUCGCGAACUGCAUAGCGGACAGGACACACAUCUAGUCGGCAGGAACACAAGUUUGCUCCAAACCAAAACAACAAAAGAUGAUCCCACAAAGUGAGAGUCCAGCCUUGUUCGAGGACAAUUUCAUUGGGGAGUCGCUUCCUGGCCCUGAGGCUUGUGAGCAGAGUCGCUGUGGGCAGAACCAGACAGCCCUGGAGGUAUACGAGAGAAUCCUACAGCGUCUACAGUCACAGCAGGAAGCCUACGCCUCAAGGGUCGAAAAAGCCGCCUUGAUGAAGCAAAUUUGGAUUGCCAGCUUUACAGGAAGCCGACUGCAAUAUCAAGUGUAGAAGUAGAUCAAAGAUCGUUUGUUAAAUAAUAUAUAGAAAAAUACAUAGAAGUCCAGCGUGUGUUUCAUUCACUUUCCCCCAUAGUCAUGUAUCCAAUAUACGAAAAAACUCUCGAAAUGUUAA